AUCCCUUCUUUACCCCCUUCUACAAACACCACCUACUUCCCUAAACCGGCACAACCUCACACGCUACAAUUCAUUGAUUUCCAUACUUUGCACAAUGCACGCCUUCAGUAUCGUUCUCAGUAUCCUCCUCCCUUUUGCUCUGGCAGCCGACCAGGGCAAAGGAUGCGACCUCGGCUCAGCCUUGGGCUGUUCUGGAGACAACGUCGUGGAGUGCUACACCUGGCCAGGGAGAGACAAGCCGACCUGGAACUAUGUAAGCCCAGAUCUCAUGAACGAGUUUUCCAUGUUUUGGACUUGGUUGCCUAAUCUCUCAUUUCGCCAGCGCGAUUCGUGCUUUGAUAGAGGACAGAAGUGUUGCAAUGGCGGCUGCCAAGAUUGUUGUUGAAGGUCUGAAGAUGUUUGCGAUUAGACUUAUACCCCAAGGGAGUGGCCGGCACGGUGGUUCUUCAG